AUGAAGAACUCACUCAACCAGAAUCGGCCACAGAAUGGUGAUAAGGAAUACCACCCAUGUCAUAACGGUAACGAGCCACUGGAAUGUGUCGAGGAUAUGUCGAGAUCAGACACAGGACAGGAGCAGAUGUUAUAUGACGUGGCUGAUAGUCCACCUUUUGUCUUGACCAUAGUUUUUGCAUUUCAGCAAGCAUUGUCCUCCCUGCCAACGGCCCUGACCGUGUCGUUGUUUGUCGCCGACGCUGCGUGCGCAUCUGACUUUCUUGAUAUCCGGACCUAUCUUCUUAGUGCUACGUUGUUUAUGAGUGGAGUGACGACGUUACUUAUGGUGACAGUUGGAGUACGGAUCGGAUGGCUGAACGAGCCCCGAAAUGGGGUCAGUUCGGACAGGCAUUCGGAUAAAUUUGGUACACCUUUGUUCAACACCGGAGUAUUUGUUGCAUUUUUGAUAGCAACGGUGAUAUCUAUUCUCGACUCUGUCGGAGACUAUUACGCAUGCGCACGGGUUUGUAAUUUGCCUCCUCCACCUCGGAAUGCAAUAAACAGAGGUAUAGCAAUUGAAGGUCUCUGUACUGCAAUAUCGGGAGCCGUCGGAUGUGGUCAUGCGACAACAACAUUUGGAGAAAACAUAGGCACCAUUGGGCUAACAAAGGUGGCCAGUAGAGAUUUGUUUGUGGGGUUGGCGCUUGUUUACAUGCUGUUCGGAGUGGUCAGUAAAGUGUCUGCAGUAUUCCUGUCCAUUCCCUAUCCAGUUCUCGGUGGUUCUAUUAUUGUCUUGUACGGCAUGUUUAAUGGUAUUAUCCUGUCUAAUCUCAAAUUUAUAUCCCUUUCCUCAACACGAAAUAUAUCUAUUAUCGGAACCUCGCUCCUGCUUGGACUCAUGGUGCCGAAAUGGAUAGAAGAUGAACCGGACGGAAUCAGUACAGGUGAUUCCUAUUACGACAACAUUAUAAGGACGCUGCUUGUAAACCCGAAUCUAUGUGGAGGAGUGCUCGCCUUCUUCCUUGACAACACAGUACCUGGGACAAGACGUGAACGUGGCAUAGAUGUAUGGCAUAAACCAACUACAGGAAACGGAGACAUUCCAAAUAGUGAAUCGGAACUUGCUAUUUACAACCCAUGGUUUCCAAAAAAAUGGUUAAGUAAAAAAAUAUGUCGUUUCGUACCAUUCUGUCCCGAUUCGCAACUCAUCAAAGUUGACAGUGUUGAUGAAUAUUCACUAGUUCCCGUUAAUUCAGUAUCUCCGUAGCAUUGUUUGAAGUUAGGA